CUUUGGGGUUCCAAAACGGCUUCUCCUUCAAUGAAGGGGUUGAAGACUGUGCGCCAAAAUUAUCAUUCUGAGAUUUCUUCAACCCCCACCACCGAGGCCCACAUCCAUAGUUACUCGAAAUUAGUUUAGGGGAAAUUCUGGGGAUUCGGCACUCCUGGCGGCGAUUACCAUGAAUUGCUUCCCUUGUUUCUCAUCGCACAAAAGCAAGAAAGAAAACGGCAAAAGGGAACAUGACUCUUCCGCUGAAGACUUUAUUCGAUCACGAAUGUUAGGAAUGGAGGCGAAUCAGGAAGAGCAUGCGAAAAUCGAGGCUCAAAAGUUCAGUUUCAGAGAGCUAGCCGCGGCAACCAAGAAUUUCCGGCAAGAAUGUUUGUUGGGUGAAGGUGGUUUCGGAAGAGUCUACAAGGGAACUCUUCAGUCCAGUGGCCAGGUGGUUGCUGUAAAACAACUAGACAGGAAUCAUAUGAAAGGUUGCAAGGAAUUUCUCGUAGAGGUAGCACGAUUGAGUCUCUUACGGCAUGCAAAUCUAGUUAGUCUCGUUGGAUACUGCGCUGAUGGAGAUCAGAGGCUUUUGGUUUAUGAAUUCCUGCCUGGAGGUUCCCUUGAAGAUAAUCUACUUAAAUCCAAGGACGAUAAGCCAGAAAUAGAUUGGUUAACCCGAAUGAAAAUAGCCUAUGGAGUAGCACAAGCUCUGGAGUAUUUGCAUGAAAAGGUUGAUCCUCCUGUUAUAUACUGUGAUCUGAAGUCCUCAAAUGUGUUGUUGGAUGAAAAAUUCAACCCCAAACUGUCUGAUAUUGGACUGGACAAAGUUGGACAAUCGGCAGAAAGUACUUCGAAGCAGCCGAGGGUGAUGGGAAUGUAUGGGUACAGUGCUCCGGAGUAUGCAAGAUCAAGUAUACUCACAGCUGUUGCCGAUGUAUACAGUUUCGGUGUUGUUUUAUUGGAACUUGUCACCGGAAGAAGAGCCGUCGACACUACCAAACCCGCGAACCAGCAGAACUUAGUCGCUUGGGCUCAACCCUUAUUCAAGGAACCGAAAAAGUUCCCAGAAAUGGCAGAUCCCGUGCUAAAGAAGCAAUUCCCCGAAAGGGGCUUGAACCAAGCAGUUGCAAUAGCAGCCAUGUGCCUACAAGAUGAAGCCACUGCCCGUCCUUUGAUGGGCGAUGUAGUGGCAGCAUUGAGCUUUCUUUCGACUGCCUCCGAAGAGAAUAACAUCCCUUCCGCUCUCCCUCCGUCCAUCUCAUCUAAAUUGCACUGUAUCUCAGACAAGCUGAGGCUCGAGUGCGGUGGCGAUGCAACAGAGGACAAGCAAAUGUGAUUGCAUGUUCAUUGGUUAUGCCGAACAUAGUGGUGCUGUGAAUAGGUUUCUUGUUUUGGAAAGCUAUAUACUUGGUCGGAAUACG